CAGUUGCGCAGUGCAUAUGGAAGUGAACGGUUGUUGGAUUACAUACGACGAUACGAUAUUGCCCGUACAUUUGAUACUUUUUAAAGCUAACGCUAUUAUUGUUGCUAUUGUUGUUGCUGUUGUUUAGUUGUGUUUACAAGUAUCACCGCGUAUACACACAUUGCAUGCCAGACGAAAAUCACAGCGGUUUUACAUUUUUUUUUUUGGUGGUUGUCGACUAAUUAAGAAGUGAAACAGCAGCAACUACAACAACAACGACAAUUACCACAAACCAAAAACUAGCAAAACUAGAAAGAAAAUUACAAAAACCAAAAAGCACAACAAUGUCCAAGGACUUGGAUGUAGAGCAGGCCGCUGGGCCGACAAAUGAUAUUAAAGUGGAGACAAUUGCCAUUCAGCCGGUAGCAGCAGCAGCAGCCGCUCCAGUAGCAACAGUUGCUGAGGCAACGGUGAUCGCUGUGACAAAUGGUGAGAAGGCUGAUGAUAAGCUAAAACUCCAACAGCAGCAGCAGCAAUCAUCAAAUGUUACCGUUACUACAACACCAGAACAAGCAACAACAACAACAACAACAGCAGCAGCAUCACCAACAACAUUUACAACAACAGCAACAAUCACACCAUCCAACAUUGAGGCAGUCAAUAAAGGCAACAAUAAGUCCAAUAUGGAUCCAGCAUUGAUCAACUUUAAGGUGCUCUAUGUGCUGACUCAACUUUGCGGUCUGACAAUGAUCGUGCUGGUGGGCACAUGGAUUGGGCAGCAUUUCGGCGGUUUGGGUGGCACGGCGAAUCCCUCACUUGAAUUCAAUUGGCAUCCCCUCUUUAUGACCAUUGGAUUUAUCUACUUGUAUGGCAAUUCCAUAUUGAUCUAUCGCGGUUUUCGCACCACGCGCAAGAAGACUUUGAAACUAACCCACGCCAGCAUUCAUAUGGGUGCCUUCAUUUUGACGGUGAUUGCCCUGAAGACCGUAUUCGAUUCGCAUAAUUUGGCCAAACCGCAACCCAUACCCAAUAUGUAUUCGCUGCACUCUUGGCUUGGCUUGUCGGCGGUGAUCAUCUUCUCGUUGCAAUAUGUGGCUGGUUUUGUGGCCUAUCUGGCGCCUGGUAUACGAGAGAACUAUAAGAUUGCCAUGAUGCCGUUUCACAUCUAUUUCGGUCUAUUUGGCUUUGUUUUGGCCAUAGCCAGUGCCCUCAUGGGUAUUACCGAGAAGGCCAUAUUUGCCAUUCCGACCUAUUCUGCUUUGCCCGCUGCUGGAGUAUUGGCCAAUAUAAUUGGUGUACUCUAUGUGAUCUUUGGUGCUUUGGUUGUCUAUUUGGCCACCGAACCGGCUUAUAAACGCAAGGCUUUGCCUGAAGAUACGGCCUUGUUGUCAACCAAUUCGGCCACUGAGUAAUAUGUUAAUUUGGCGAAUCUCUCCCAAUACAUCAAAUGCUAUAUUAACUUAAGGAAAACUGUGCACAAAACAUCAUCAACAAACAAACGCAACAACUUCAACCACAACAACAACAACAACAGUAGCAAAUAUCAAAGGAAAUUCUCUAUAUGACCCGCUCCAAAUGACCCAAAGAAAAAUGAAAGGAAAUGUUUAACCGUGUUUUUGGUGCUUUGUCUUUGCUUUGUUAAUUUCAUAUAUAUAUAUUAAUUUUUUUUUCGUUUUAUCUGUAUUACAUAAUUAUAAUAAUUAUGCAACCAUUUUUUAAAAAUAUCAAUUUAUAUAUAUAUACAUAUACGUAUAUGUAUGUAUAUGUAUAUAUACCUCUAUAGGUGUGCUACAAAAUAUAAUCGGAGAGUGCUCAAAUUGUAUGUACUUAACCUCAGAGUAAAUUAAACAAGAAACCAGAAAUGUUUA